AUGUCUGGAAACUCUAGUGUUGGCACCAGCGGCGUCUACGAGGCCGGUGACCAGCGCAACGUCAAGAACUCGGAGCUUGACACUGGUGACCGCUUCCACGAGGGCAAGGAGAACUCUCACCUUGGCAACGACUCCAAGGACGAGAGAUCUAUCGCCAACAGACUCGCUGCCGAGGAGAAGAAGCACCGCCAGGGCGACGAUGAGGAUGACGCUGAAACCCGUCAGUCCAAGAAGGACUCUACGUUGCCCGCCAAGAUGCACGGCAACGAGCCCUCCAAGGGCGCUAAGAUCGAUCAGGAGCUCCAGGAGGAGGACGAACUCCGCCUGAGACAGAAGCAGGGCAAAUAA